AUGGCGGCGGCGGCGGGAAAGUUGAAGGGUGGCUCUGAGGCGGUCGAGGCGAUGAGUGGCCACUUCCGGAGGGCGGAGUCGGGGACGGAGAAAGAGAAAGCAAACAAACAAGCAUUACAGUGCUUGAUUUAUUUUCUCCAUCUGAUUAUGCUGUUUGUGGAUUGUCCUUGACCCCGGCUUCUGCUCAUCUUCAAUUUUGCUUUCCAUCAUUUGGCCAUUGCACUUUUUAAAUGCUGCUUGCUCGACUAGAGGGUAGAAGUUCUCUGAAAACUCUUGAGCCAUUUCUUUUUGCUGAUGAAGGAUUUCCCAUUCAUGGCGAUAUCCUGGAAUUUCAUGGUCAAGAAGGAACGGGGAAAACAGAAAUGCUCUACCACGUGGUUGCCCGCUGCAUCCUUCCCCUAUCAGAAGGAGGACUGGAAGAGGAAGUGCUGUUUGUUGACACGGACUACCACUUCGACAUGCUCCGGCUCAUCACCAUCCUCGAGCACAGGCUCUCCCAGGGCUCGGAAGAGACGAUCAAACUGUGCCUCGGACGGCUGUUCCUCGUCUACUGCAGCAGCAGCGUUCAACUCCUUCUCACACUCCACUCCUUAGAGACGAUGUUCUGCAGCCACCCAUCCCUCAGCCUCCUGAUGGUCGACAGCCUCUCGGCUUUCUACUGGAUCGACCGUGCCAAUGGCGGAGAGAGCCUCAGCCAGCAAGAAGCCACCCUGAGGAAGUGCACCAGGCUCCUGGAGAAGCUCGUGAAGGAGUAUCACCUGGUUCUGUUGGCCACCACGCAAACGAUCAUGCAGAGAAGCUCCAAGGCCUCAGAGGACUCUGCUUUGGCUUGGGAUGGAGAUGGGGACUACAGGCCUUAUCUUUGUAAAUCCUGGCAACAGCUGGUCAACCACCGGCUCUUUUUUUCCAAGCAAGACAACGGCAAGGACCCCAAACAAAUGUUUUCCUUCACUUCCUGUCAUCUGAAAAGUAACAGGUUUGCCAAGCGUUUCUUUAGUAUCGGAGAAGGAGGGGUUCAGUUUUGUUGACCCCUUUGAGCCGAGAAACCGGGAUUUCAAGGGUCUACCUCUACUCUGUCAGAAGGAAAUUUUUAGGUCUUUUAUUUGAUGGCACUUAGGACCCCAGUUUCGACAAGCCAGUGUUACAUUUUUAUGGAUUGCUCGUAGGGCAGGGGUUCUACUAAAAUACGGCACUUGAGACAUUCAUGGUGUUUCAUGAAAGAAAGACUUUCAGGCCAGUUUUUAAUCCAUAGCUCAUUAUUCCACCAGUCUGAAAAGCCACUUAACAUUGUUUUUAAACCUUUUCACUAUGCCUCGGCAAAGGAAAUGAAUAAAGAACUUUAUUUUUA